CACACAGCCGACAGAACUGCAGCAAGUCCCGCAUCUGCCAACAUUUGGCUCGAGCUUUGAUUCGGAACAUAUCAUUUUCUCUGAACUAAGCCAAAACUAAGGAUAAGUGUUUGGGGGGCUGACUGGAGAAGUGUCAUAACCGACAUUAGUUGCUCGUCUCUUCUCAGGUGAAACUCCUGUCGGCAGCCACAAGUGCUCAGUGGAGAGUCUGGUGCGCACAUGGCACCGACAACGCGCUCCUCACACUCCUGACAGUUGCGCUAUUAAUAUGGAGCCACACACUGGAUAAUGAGGCCUACCUUCUGAAUGGGUGCUUAACCUACUUCACAUUAAAUCUCGUCUUUUAAAGCCGGUCUUUGCCCUCCUCAAAUCUUUUAUUUUUCGGACAUUUUUGUUGGUUAAAAAAAGAGCAGAACCAUGUUGGGUUUAAACAGGAUUCUGAGCCUCCGGGCUUCCCGGAUUCGGAGCUGUGGUUCGCCCGUAGCCAAGCUCUCCCCCCGGUCUUCUUCAUGUCAAAACUCCGGUGCCAGUUCGAGGAUUUACUGUGCGUGUCUGCUGCUCAUGCUGCUGGUGACGCCUCGGGUGGACUCUUCGUGGUGGUACAUCGGUGCUCUCGGGGCCCGUGUGAUCUGCGACAACAUCCCAGGUUUGGUGAACAAGCAGCGGCAUCUCUGCCAGCGGCAUCCAGACAUCAUGCAGGCCAUCGGCGAGGGCACCAAAGAGUGGAUCAGAGAAUGCCAGCACCAGUUCAGACACCACCGCUGGAACUGCAGCACGCUGGACCGCGACCACACCGUGUUUGGACGUGUCUUGCUACGGAGUAAGUCCAUGGGUAGUCGUGAAGCAGCAUUCGUCUACGCCAUCUCCUCAGCAGGAGUGGUGUAUGCGCUCACUCGCGCCUGCAGCCAGGGGGAGCUGAAGACGUGUAACUGCGACCCUCACAAGCGUGGACGGGACAGCGAUGACAGAGGAGAUUUUGACUGGGGUGGCUGUAGUGAUAACAUCAACUAUGGGAUAAAGUUUGCCAAAGCCUUUAUAGAUGCCAAAGAAAGGACUGUCCGAGAUGCACGGGCGCUCAUGAACCUACACAACAACCGCUGUGGCAGAACAGCUGUAAAGCGAUUCAUGAAGCUGGAGUGUAAAUGCCACGGUGUGAGUGGCUCUUGCACGCUGCGGACAUGUUGGAUGGCCAUGUCAGACUUCAGGAAGACCGGGGACUACCUGAGGAGAAAAUACAACGGGGCCAUCGAGGUGACAAUGAAUCAGGACGGGACAGGCUUUGCCGUAGCUAACAAAGCUUUCAGGAAGGCCACCAAGAACGACCUGGUCUACUUUGAGAACUCUCCGGAUUACUGCCUACAAGACAAAACAGCAGGCUCCCUGGGAACGGCUGGUCGAGUCUGCAAUAAGACAUCACGCGGCACAGAUGGCUGUGAGGUCAUGUGCUGUGGGCGGGGCUACGACACCACGAGAGUCAAGCAAAUCACCAAGUGUGAGUGCAAGUUCAAAUGGUGCUGCGCCGUGGAGUGUAAGGACUGUGAGGAAGCUGUGGACAUACACACGUGCAAAGCUCCCAAACGAGCUGAAUGGUUGGAACAGACCUGAGGACACGCCCCGCUGCCCCCUGUAAUACAACCCCGCCCCUUUUCCCUUUACUACAGGACAUCCUGUGGAACAUGGCAUUCUGGGAAAGAUUGUAUAAAAGUGCUCUGCGUCUCCGCCCUCCCCUGCCCCCAUCUUGGUUCAUCAUUGCAUGGCUUUUCAACCUGUCUCUGUGAAAGCACUAGAAUUCAGUACCCAUCAAUAUGAAUGAACACCCAGAAGCCCCGGUUCGUGAAUGGCCCUGUGACUGAACUGCUGGGAUCAGAGGAUGAACGGUGAAACCAGUGAAAACUUUGGGGUUUGGGUGAAUUGGGCUUUUAUUGAAGAAUUAGUCCAGAUGGCCUUUUCUCUAGCGUGUGGCUCUGGGUUAAGAAUGGUUUGCUGCUUUCAUGAUGCUUUAAAGACACAUUUUUAUAUUAACUGAGCCUUCAAACGUAUUCAGUAUUAAUACAACAACAUCAUAUACUCGCAUAAUUGUUUCUCUUUUUAGGGGGAAAUACACUCUUUUCUACCCAAAACGAACACUUGGUUGGACUUUGGGAAGUAGCUUGACAAGUGCACUUUGAGAAGUGAUAAUCUAGGCAUGAGUUUGACUCUGUGUGGACAAGCAGAAGUCCAGGCUAUGGACUACAAGAAGACAAGGAGAUGGACACUAGAUGAAUAAAUGGACAGAUGCAUCAUUGGGACUUUGAAUGCAGCUGUAUAACAAGAGAGGAAAAAAAUGCUUUUUAAAGAGAUUUAUUUAAAUUGUUAAGUGUUGUUUCAUUUCUCAUCUGCGGAUGAGACUGCACUACAUUGGCUGACAAGAGGAGAGAGAAGAGCACUCCCAUUAUUAUGAUUAUACAGUGUACUCUAGUUUCAGUGUGUGAGACGACGAACUGCCGCUGAGGAGAAAAAAGAAGAAAAAGGAGAUGGCCUGGAUGGUCAUUGAGUCACACAUAACUACAACAUCAGACUGUUUUCCCUUCUCUGCUCUUCAGCUUGCCUGUAUAACUGUGUAUAUUGCCUUGUUCAUAUGAAAUAUAUGGUGCAUUAGUACGA